AUGAGUGACCACGACGAAAAAAGCUCGUCCUCUCCAAUGAGCAUGCCCGCGCAGAGCCCCAUUACUGAACCCACCAACCACACCACCGACAACAACAACGAUACAGCAGCAUCACCCACACAAGCUCACUCAGCCAGUAAACGCAGCAGAGGCCGUCCACGCAAGUAUCACACAGAUGCCGAGCGCGAAGAAGCCAAACGCCGGUAUCGCGAAAACCACAAGACCAAAGCCGCAUCUGCUGGCGGGGUUGGGGGUGGAGCCAAUGCCGCAAAUGCCAGUGCUGCGGCUCUGAAUGCCGCUGCUGCUGCUUCUUUCACGCCUAUCCAACCUGCAGCUAAGCAGCAAGAUAUCGAUGAGUUGUGGGAGGCUAUUCGUGCAUUGCAGGGUGAAGUUGAGAGGUUGAAGGCGGAGUCAAUGCAGAGGGAUGCCGCUGCCGCUGCCGCUUUGCCCGGUCAGAAGCGCAGAAAGGUUCCCAGCAUAUGGAAAAGCAGAUUAUUGGUCCCAUACUACCAGGAGCUCUUACUGAAAUGCUCUCAUUUCUGGGUGUCUCGCAUCGACAACCAAAAUGCUAUCCUCGCACCUGUCGCCCUCGAUCAAGCUGAGCUCAUUGGCUGCUGCCAUACUUUUCACGUUUCACUGCGUCGUGUCACCAAGGACUCGACAUUUUUUCUGAAAUUUUUACAUUUCGCGAAUAACGAAAGGAACCAUGAUUUUGAGGGUUGGGAUCUGGAGUUGCUGGUGGGAAGGUGCGGAAGGUUUCUUUUUGGACGCUUAGCGAUGGGCAUCCAGUUGUUGCUACUUGAUCGAACACGAUUCUUUGAUUUUGUUAUCUAA